GCUUGCUUUUUUAUAUCCCUGUAAAUUUUCACUCUCAAUCUAUUUACGGGCAUAAGUUUUGUUUUUGUUGUGAAAUUAAAAGGAAAUGCAAGAUUUUGACUAGAUUAGUACAAAUUCUUACCUUUCCAUCGUGUUUGUUGCUCCAGCGUGAAACCGGGACCAGUCGCGUUAAUGCUAGCGUGGCGUGAGGACCUGUGAGCGGUUUUGAUGAUAUUUGAGGUCUCUGAAGACAGCUGCGAGAUGCCUCCUGCAAAAGGGAGACGCGGCGUCAGCGACGCUGAUGAUGAGAGUGACGACUACAGGAAACGCAGGGACAGAAAUAACGAGGCAGUAAAAAAGAGCAGAUUCAAAUCAAAGCAGCGGACACAAGAAACUUUCACCCGAGUGAGCAAACUAAAGGCGGAAAACCAGAUGCUAGAAGACAAAGUCAAGACCCUCACGAAAGAGCUCCAGUUCCUUAAAGAGUUGUUUCUGGCGCAGGCCACCAAGGCACCAAACCCUAAACUAGAGGGUGUUGAUCUGGAGAAACUCCUAGAGGAUAUACCUGAUGAAAAGAAGUAGAUUUAAGGGGGACAUAGAACUUAGGUCCACUCCGCACUAUAGCGUCUUUGGACUUCGGCAUCUAGUCAAUGCUAUGGAAAUUGGUGUUGCUACGCAGUUGUGUUGCGUCGAGUAGCAGCCAUUGAGUUGACUAGACGCCGACGCUCAGGAAACGCUAGUGUGGGGUGGCUCUUAUAGUUCAUUUUUUACAUUAGAAAGAACUUGAAAGAAGGUAAGCGGUCUUGACAUGUCUUUUAAUUGAAAGACGCUUUUUAAAAAUCAGUAACUAUUACUUACGAAAGCAGAAAACUAUAAAUGAUCAUAUGAGAUUCAUAAUUGUUACAUAUUUAAGGUAAUUUAUUUUUAAAAUGUGUUUUUCAAUUAAAAGACACAUCAAGAUUGUUUACCUUAUUUCUAAUGCUAAAAAAAACGAACUAUAGGCGCUAAGCAAAACUUAAUAUCACCUAAGACAUGCCGACACAAGCUAAGCUGCUCUGCACGAAGAUUCCUCGUGAGGUAUCUCAUUUGCAGUGGGCCCGCUUACUCAAUGCAAUAGAAAACUUAUCUUAAAAAAUUGUACUAAUAUAAUUUAGCUGUUAAUUAUUAUUUAUAAUGACUAUUUAGCUACUAGUAUACAAUUUGGACAUAUUGACAGCUUUAAAGGAUUAGGACUUAGUGUGAAAUUGUUAUGAUACUUUUAAUUCUGUUUUAUACAUAUUAUGGUUGUUCUACUAGAACUGAAUUUUUAACGCUUUAAGUAUCACAGCAUGAUGUGACGUACUUAGGAGUUUCAAGUAAUGCGACGUAAUAACGCUAGAUGGCGUUAACCUCAAUUAUACAUAGUGCUGCAGACAUUUUGCACUAGAUGGCGCUGUUAUUAAUAUUUUGAGCUACAAUGUCGUUGAGUUUUCACUUCUGCCGGCACUCCCGGAGUGCAACCUGUUGUUUUUUUUAUAAUGUAAAGUAAAUUUGCGAUUUCAAUGCACUACAUGUUUUGUAAAUAAGAUUUUUUGAUAUAAUAUGCGAUUUUAUAAUAAGAUAUGACAAAAUAAAGAACACUCGAAUUCA